AUGGUCAGCCAACUCAUCCUAGCGCUCACGGCUCUGCAAACGCUAGCAUCGGCCACACCAUCCAAUCACAGGCAGAGGAGCAGCGGAUUGGCCAUCACAAGCCUCGCGCAGACUGGGAAUGCGACCAAUGGUACCGGCAAUGUCGCAGCGGCGGGCACUCUCCCACCAUUUGGCGACAUUGGACUUGGUUGCGGCAUAAACUGGCAGAGUGACGUGUCAUAUGGGGGCGGACUUCAAGCCGGCUCCAACGAUUACGGCCUCGGGACUGGCGCGACGGUGACGCCAGAGGCUAUCACAAUCGGUGUUGGUAUUGGUCUCAAUGCUGCGAAUGCGAGCGCGAACAUCCAGUUCGUAGGUGCGAAGAACGGGAGCUUUGAACUUGUAUUCGAGAGCUCAGCACCACUAGUCUGUUUACAAGACAAGAAGAACGGAACAUACUCUAUAUCUUGUACAACAGUAUAA